AAAAUCUGCGAGUUGUUUUUCUGCAAUGGAUCCAUUUCAAGAUAUCAUUGAAAUAGCCCAUUCAAUUCGAGAUACAUGUUUAAGUUUUCCAACUGUACUAGUAACUCCAUCCGAUGUGGAAGAUGAACCUUUUGUGGAAGAGCAGAAAAGACGCAGAAGAGUGGCUUCUAGUUAUCAUCUGCUUCAAGUAGAGCAAUCAAGAAGAGAUAUUUAUAAAGAAAUGAAACUUUCCGGGGAUUCCCUGCGCUCUGAAACGGAUCUUCAGAAUGAGCUAAGAAAGUUGCUGAUCACAAGACAAAUAGAGCAGUUGAAGUGCUUGAGAGAGGAGCAGUCGAGACAGCUGGAAUCGAUUUUGCAACCGGGAACUAUCCUAACGGAUGCUGAACAAAGAAUUAUCGAGGAAAUGCGAAGUCGAGAUCGACGUGUUCUGCAGCUUCAGCGUCUGCGCAAGGAGUACGAAAGAAAGCUGCAGGAAAAUGCGAGCCUGCUGGAGGAAAACCAAUCUCUCAAAGCUGCUUGUGACACGUUAAGAGGUCAAAUCCAUGAGCAAGAAACAGUGCUUCAAGAAAUGGAGGAAAAAGAAUCGAAAUCGGUAAAUCGAGAGAAACAGCAACAUGAGUUGAAAAUAGCGAUAAGCAAAUACGAAGUUCAGCGCCGUCAGAACGAGAUUCUCCGUAACAUCUAUUCCUCCCUCGUAUUGGCGAGCCGGAUAGACUGGGCUCGGAAAGACCGCAUUCGCGAAAUGAUGUUGUGCGUGGAAGAUGCCCCAGGCGUGCCAGAGAAGGAACUAGACAAUGUAUAG